UCAGUAUUUCGCUGACCUUCGAUGAGAGCAGACGUCUCGCGUGUCCGGACCUCUGGCGCGGAAUUUCGAAUUCGCAAUUUAAACUCGAAAGUUGAAGAUGAUGCAAAAAUCUUUGUGAAAAGAUCUGUUACGUAGAUGAAUUUUUGAUUUUGUUAUUUUUGAGUGGAAAGUGUGUGUUAAUAAUGUUGGCAACAAGAGUUCCUUUGACGGCGAUUUUCGUCAUAUUAUUUGGAGGAGUAACAAGUCUUCGAGACGUCAUGCUGCUAGUUGAACCAUCAAUAAUCAUUCGAGGAGGCACGGCCGCGCUCAUCUGCUCUAGAGACAUGCAGGGGUCUCCAUUGUACUCGGUCAAAUGGUAUCGCGGUAACCACGAGUUCUACAGAUACACUCCUCUUGAAGAGCCAGCUACAAGAGUCUUUGGUUUACCUGGAGGCUAUGUCGAUAUGAACAAUUCGAACGGAACGCAAGUUUUGGUGCGAAGAAUGGACUUGAGUCUGGCGGGGAACUUCAGUUGUGAGGUCACGGCUGACGCGCCAUCCUUCGCCACUCAAAUCAGCUACAAAUUCAUUGAUAUAAUCGCCCUGCCCGAAUCCGGCCCGGUAUUAAAGGCGGAUAAAGACCGGUACCAACCCGGGGAGGUGCUUCAGGCUAACUGCACGUCGUCUCCGGCGAGACCAGCUGCCAAUCUCACGAUAUACAUUAACGAAGAACCUCUUCGUUCAUCAGAAACUAGCUUUCACCCAUCAGAGAAUGGGCUGCUGUGGACUAGUGUGAAGGCAGACGCUAAAGUCAGCUCAGAACUCUUCAUCGGAGGAAGGAUGAGGGUUGCCUGCGUGGCCACCAUACACAAUGUUUACAAAAACUCCUCGAAUUUGGACUUCUUUACUCCAGAAACGGAUCCUAGGCCAGAACGAAUAACCCUGAACAGGAGUUCCAAAGCGUUUCCCAGCUGGAUUUUCUUAAUGUUCCUGCUCUUGCUGCCGAUGAUGGUGAUGUCCCAGGACUACUUCGAAUACGAAGACCUGCCUUCUUACGACGAGCAGAAGUACGAAGACACAAUUAGAUCAAUGAUCGGGGCCUGAUUUUGUUAGAUAGACUAUAUUUUAAUUUAAUGAUUCGCUGUUAGAUUGGAUUAAGGUCUGGCAGUAAAAUUUUACAGAUAUAUAAAAUGAGAAAACACGCUUUAAAAAAGUGGACAAGUUCAAAAUCUUAAUUGUACUCCAAUUCAAUCAGAGAAAUAUCCUUUAAGACAGUGUCAGUCUACGCUUGCGAGAUAAUAGUGACUCCACGUAUCCAUAGGCUCUGGCAAAUUUUUAACAAUAGAUAAACAUGACCUUGUUUGCCUUACGGUAAUAAUGCGAGUAAAUUAUAGCGUGUUCAUAAGUGCUCAUGUUUGUCAGCGUAAAGAACAUCUUAAUCCAAAGAAGACAAUUUUGUGACAUUGUGAUUGUACAUGUAAACACAUAAGUUUAUUAAGAAUAAGCACGAAUUCUAAUAGUUAAGUUUAUAAAUGUAUUUAAGGAUCACAAUUUUAAUAUUUGUAAUUUUCUUAUAAGAAAAACUUUGAAUUGAAAUCGGCGGCUUGUCUACGAUAAUAAUUUUCAUUCCAUUGCGGCGCGUGGGAAAGAGAUGCCGCUAAUGAUAACAUUACGUAAAUGAUACUUAUUGGUUUGGUUCGUAAUUAAUUAAUAUGCUACUAAAACUCAUCAUUUCAUUAUCAGAACGUCAAAUGUACUACAGUGUUUUAAAUUAAGCAAUCGUAUUGUUUCCGAUGCACUGUGAAUAGCUAAGACUUUUUUUAGGUCAUGGACCCAAGAUGAACCAACCACACAUGAGUCCGAUUGAACGAGAUUUUUGCAAAGAUUUGGCAUGAGGACUGGCUCGUAUUGAAAAAUGACGAUAGGAAGAUCUUCCUUAAGACCAGACCUUUGUAGACCGACUCUCCGAAAGUUUUUGUUACUUACUCAUGGUAGGACCUCUUGUGAGCCCGCGUGGGUAGGUACCACCACCCUGCCUAUUUUCUGCCGUGAAGGAUGGGACAGCCGUUGUAACUAUACUGAGAACUUAGAACUUAUAUCUCAAGAUGGGUGGCGCAUUUACAUUGUAGAUGUCUAUGGGCUCCAGUAACCACUUAACACCAGGUGGGCUGUGAGCUCGUUCACCCAUCUAAGCAAUAAAGAAAAGAAAAAAAAACUGUUCGGUGAUAUAUUACCGAACACAUAACAUUAACAUUUAAUUCAUUUUCUCUAUAUUUUAACAAUAAACAUUUUUAAGUAACAUUAUCUUUAACUAACAAACUCGCACCGCACCCUACAAAAACAGUUCGGAUAUAAAUUAUUAUUAUGCAAAAGUAACUUGAAAAUCUUUUCGAUUCAUGUUUCUGAUGUCUAUUUUAUUAAGACGCUACACGUACAUAAGUUUUAACACGACUAUUACCGAAUCUAAAAUGGUUAAAUUAAGCAUAAAACCAGAACUUUUUGCUCUAUUCAUUUAAGGCUGUUACUACACAUUUUUAUUUAUUUAUUAGGCACACAAUACACAUUACAAGCUAAAAAGAUACACAAUAAGUAAACAACAAGUUAAAAAAAAGGAUUGUGUGGUUUUAUGAAACCACGGUUAAAGUGAUACUUUUUUUCACAUUAAAUACAUUUAAUUCUGACAAACAACAUUUACAUUAAACACUGAUAAAAACAAACAAAAUAACGUGAAGCACUGGCACAUAUGAGUAAUAGUCUAUACACUACACGGUCAGCUGCUGCGAACUAUAGGCGCCGCCAUAUUGGCCUCGGCUGCUCUGACGAGCGCAUUUCACUGUAUCCCUACUCCGCGGCCGACCGUCACGCGACAUGCAACACACAGACGAAAAAGUUUGAGACGAUGUAACAAAAGUUUCACUUUAAAAAUCUGACUUUUAAUAUAAGCCUUGUGAGCCCGACCAAGCAAGACAAAUGUGCUGAGUGUGUACAUAAAGAUCCUUACCACUACUGGAUAAAACAACACGAUGGCGAGAAUCAACCUAACUUAUAGUAUAAGGAAAUAAUUUUAUACAUAAUAUACAUGAAACAAUUAGACUACUUCAUCUACUAUUAACUAUUAACAUUGUAUGAUUUAAAGUAUUUUAUUUUACUGCCAUUGGAAUACAGUAGUAAAAUACUAUCACACAUACUCUCUAUACUAUGGUGCAAUAGUAUUUACGAGCUGUCUGCCUACAUUAUUGUAUUUCAGAAACGAUUGAAAUACCCCGUGCCUAAAUAAUUUUAUUUAAUCCAUGAACAUGCUUAACAUUAAUCUCCUACCCCGCCAUCAGAAGCAUCACUUCUGAAUGUCCAAAAAGAAUUAGUAAAAUUGAUACUUUAUGUGUUUUGCGGACAUAGCGACAUCUAGAAGUCAUUCCAGGAAACUAAUACAAAAAAAACAAUGCUUUAUUUACUUACAGUAUGUACUAAUAUUCUUUAGUAAAAAACCAUCUAGAUUUAACUAUAGAUAAAGUAAUAAUGUAAAUAAAUAAACAAAUAAAAUAUAGACAACGAAUGAUUUCGUAAAAUAAAAUUUUAAGUAUUGUAUACUUACAUAAUAUGAAUUCUUUAAAUUUAUUGUUAUUUGGUUCCAUUUAGCGAAAUAAUAUUUGAAUAAUACUCAUACUUUUAUUAAGAUUUGGUGUGACGCCAUACAAGUUUCAACAAAAUUGGAUAAAAUAUGUAAGGUAUAUAGCAACAAAUUAGCAUUCAAUCUGCAAUAGAUUUAGCUGGAGAACAAUUGUCUGGCAAUAUGGGCAUUAGCACCAAUGUAAUAAUGUUUUAUUAUGUAUAGAAUCUCUUGUUGGUUGCAAAUAUAUUCCACCGAACGACUACAUAAUAUACUCCGGAGACUGAUAUAUACAAAUGAUGUAUAUAAUUUGUAGGAAGUUCAUCUUGUAAAUGUUUUUAAUGCGAUUUAGGUUGUUGUACAGCAGUUUUGUAGCCUUUAUAUUGUCUUGAAAGAUGCUUUAAGCAAAUAUUAAUCACAAUGCAAAUUCGAAAUAAUGAAACAUAACUUUAUUUAUGAUAUUUAUAUUAUGAUCUAUGUUAUAUUAUUUAUGAUAUAUUAUGUUUGAAGGCGCGAUAACGUCGAAUUCUAUUUAAAGAUUACAUUCCGUUCAUUAGCUUAAAAUAUUAUAAGACGUAUUUUAUUGAAAUAUUAAUAAGAUGAUCGAAAUGUUUUUGUAAAUAAAUCAAAGUUUGUUGUAAUUACAGUUGAACGAAUAUUUAGAGUGAAUUUUCAUAGUACAAAAUACAAAGAUUUUUAUGAACAUUUUUUGCUGCAAAUUUAGCGUUCAAGUCAUGAAGUCUAUAGACAUCAUGUCUAUAGACAUCAUCAUCUCUAUCGACAUCAUGUUCAACAUGAGGUUGAAGUCUCAAUUGUAUUGUAAACGACUGUCCUACCUCUUAAAUCGAAUGGGCUACCGUUUUGGUAUUACCACAGGUCAGUUUCAAACAUGUCAAUUUUUACCCAAUAUUUUUUAAGCACAAAAAUUAAGAAAAAUAUGUUACUAUAAGCUCGAGCAAAAAUAACUUUAAAUAUCAAAAUCUUUCGUACCUAUCUAAUCUAAGGCUCAAUCUUACUUUAUUGGGAGUGUAUUUGAUUCUAAGGAAAAUAUUAAUAAAUCAUUUCACAUAGUAAAUGCUCACACGUCUCAUACAUUUCUAAACAAUGCGUCUUUAAUUAGGUAUCCGUGUGUCUUUGAAUUUUUUUAUUAGAUAGAAGCUGAUCUACAAUUUGUAACCAGUGUUAAAAUAUUAAGACAGGUAAAUACACUUAAGGAUAUAUCGUACAUCUUGGGAUUUUUUUAAAUACUAUUUACACAUUUACUUUGUUAUUUUAGCACUUUACAUGAAGUAAGAAUUACGAAUAUCUGUAGUGUGUUUCAAUUUAUGUAAAAAAAGUUAUUGAUUAUUUAUUUACACUAUCUCUUUCAACACAAUGUUUUUUUUUUUAUUGCCCUUGUAUGCAGACGAGCAUACGGCCCACCUGAUGGUAAGUGGUUACCGUCGGCCAUGGACUUCAGCAAUGCCAGGGGCAGAGCCAAGCCGCUGCCUACCUGCGUGUUGUGUAUUGUUUGUGAAUAAGGGCGUGGCGUGACGUCGUUCUGCAUGCGAAUCAUGAAAAGACUGCACGUCUCUCUCUCACGCGGUCUAGCUUAUGAGUGUCAAGGGGACAGUUAAUAUUUUGCUUUUGUUAAUGCUUAUAAAUAUAACGUGGUCAUAUUUUAUUAUCGUUUUAAUAUUAAACUAUUAUUGUCUAAUCAUAAUUGCAUAAGUGGAUAAAAAAUGCUAUGCAAUAGCUUUACCGCGGCAGUCCCCGAGUGCCACAGGUGUUUUUUUUUUAAUUUAAUUUUGUCUCCUCUAAUAAUAUAGUUAUUAUUAAGAAAUAUGAUUUUUCCAAAGAAUUUAUCAGCGUCUUACACCUAAAUAAAGAUGAUUGUUUUUA